AUGAAGAGGCAGGGUGAGAAUUGUGAGGGGAGAAGUGAAAAUUCAGGGUUGAAAAGAAGCAGGUUGUUUAACGAGGGAGAUAGAGGAAAAGGUACGCAAAUAGAGGUUAGAGCACAGAAUAAGAGGCAAGGUGCUCGACCCCUCGCUACUCCGCUCGUGGAUCUUUCCUUACGAGCACUUGCAGAGAAUGCCGAGGGGAUAGUUUCACUGGAACUGAUUCCAGAUUGGCUUAAAGAAAGACUAACUAUUUUGUUGUGCCAUAUGCGUAAAAUGGAUGUCCAUAUGCUGAACCUCCUGGUAAAACCAUGUCCAACUGUGAUACGAGUGAAGAACUGUUCGUGGCUCACUGAAACACAAUUUCGGCAGACGUUUGGGAAUUUUGACUCAAGAAGUCUGAGGGUACUUCAACUUGAUCUAUGUGGGCAAUGUAUGCUUGAUCUUGUACUUACUGAUACAUUAGCUCGAUCUUUAAAUAGCUUGCCGAAUUUAGCUAUUGGUUCCUUGAGGGGUGCCUGUAGUUUAUCAGACAGUGGGCUUAAAGCACUUGUAAUGUCAGCACCUGCAUUGCUGUCUAUAAAUUUGGGCCACUGCACCCUUCUUACUUGUGCUGCAAUCAGAUUUAUAUCCUAUUCUUUGGGUUCAAAAUUGAGAGAACUCUACAUAGAUGGUUGCCAAAAUAUAGAUGCAAUGCUUAUUCUACCUGCUUUGAGGAAGUUUGAACAUUUGGAAGUAUUGUCUGUUGCUGGAAUUUCUACUGUAAGCGAUCAAUUUAUCAGUGAGGUGAUUCGUGUAUGUGGUCGAGGAAUAAAAGAACUUGAUUUAGCUAAUUGCCCGGAACUGACUGAUCGCUCUCUUAAAAUCAUUGGGAGCACUUGUGCUGAUUUACGUUCUCUGAAUAUUUCAAACCUGCAUAACUUGACAGAUUUGGGAAUUGAAUAUCUUACCAAUUGUUGUAGGUCAAUCCAAAAGCUCAACCUUUGCAACAAUGGAUUCAGUGAUGAAGCUAUUGCGGCAUUCCUCAAAACUUCUGGAGGGUCUUUGAUGGAACUUGUAUUGAAAAAGGUGAGAAAGGCUCUUAAUUCCUUAUAUUAUGCCGCCUGCAAAUUUAUGCUUAUUUCUCCUCCUACUGCUUGUGAUUUAACAGGUCGGCCAAAUGCUGCCUUUUCACUCACCGAAUAUUCAAGAAAGUUGUUGAGUUUGGAUAUAUCAUGGUGUCGCAGAAUAACUAACGAGGAACUAAAAUCCAUUGUUGGUUUUUGCUCUUUACUGAAGGUGCUCAAAAUCUAUGGUUGUUCGCAGAUAUCAGAUGAAAUUUUGAAUGGAGAUUCCAAUCCUUUUGUGCGUAUACUUGGAUUAGAGUUGGAUCCGCUAUUUGAGCCUUUAAGCCUGAAUGAACCCAAGGAAGUAUUCCUGCGUUAUUCGCCUCUGCCAGUUUCCCCCGAGUAUUGA